AUGAAACUGCUCUACUCUAAUAUAUUAUUGUUCGCUCUUGCAUUAAAUAUAUUGUUAACAUCAUAUUAUGCACAUAAUAAAAAUAAACCAUCCAUCACACCACAUCAUACACGAACUACUACGUCACGAUUGUUAAGCGAAUGUGACACAGAAUCGUCAAUUUAUGAUAGUGAUGAGGAAAUCAAUUCAGUGAAGGAAAUUUUCGAACGACAAACAUCACGACGUUUUGAAGAAUACGAAGAACGUAUGAUAACACAACGACAAAAAUAUAAAGAACAACGUGACAAAGAUAUACAAAAAAUUAUUCAUAAAGAUAAAAUGGAGAAAAACUUAGCAGAAAAAAUAGAAAAAGGUUGUCUUAGGUGUGGAUGUGGGCUAGGAAGUGUUGCAGGAAGUAUUGGAUUAUUUGGUGCGGUUGCUAUAAAUAUAUGGAAACCUGCGGCACUUGAUGCCGCUAUUGCGAAAGCUAUAACUGAGGGUACUGCUAAUAUUUCGGCUGCAGGUGUUAAGGCAGGUGAGGCUACAGGUAAGGUAUUAGUUAUUUCAGGAUUAAAAAAAAUGGGUAUAUCAACUCUAGGUGGUAAGAAUUUGGAAUCCUAUUUUGCUACAACAUCUUAUAAAAAAGUCGCAAGCAUUGCUCAAGCUGUUUAUGAACAACAUUUUGAGAAAUGUGAAUUUGGUUAUUUAAAGGAGGGGUUCACCCCUGUCGGUGAUCCUAGCCGUGAUAUUCAUUUUUGCCAGUCGGUGUGGCAACAAACUUCAGUUGUAUCAAAAACAGGACACUAUAUUUCACCUAAAGAUGUUAUAAAAAGAACUGUAGAAACUAUGGUGUCAAAGGCCGAAGGACCUGCUAAUGCAGCCGCUGAGUUUGUUAAAGCCACUGAAACAGCAACAAUUAAAGCAGCAGAAGAGAAAACUAUAGAAACUGCAAGUACACAGUUGUACAGUGCAAUUGGUUACUCAAUCCUUGCCAUAUUAAUUAUAGUUUUAAUUAUGUUGAUAAUAUAUUUAAUUUUACGUUAUCGUAGAAAAAAAAAAAUGAAGAAAAAAGCCCAAUACACAAAAUUAUUAAAUGAAUAA